ACUACUGUCAAAGUGUCAACUAUCCAUUGUUAUUAUAAAACUCAUAUCCUAACGAAGCUUCCUCUCUCUUGAGUUGAGAACCUUACUUUCUCUUUUUCACUUUUUCAGAUUUUCAUCCUUCACAUAAAACCCCAUUUUCAUCUCAUCUUGCAUCAGAACCACCUUCACUUCUAUCUUUCUUUCAGUUGUUUGCUUCAAAUUUGUUGUCAAUGGCACAUAGUUUGAAAAGAAAGUCUCCAGAAAAUGGAGACAAUUUAGGCUUCAACAGCUUUUCGCUUGAUGAUUUGAAUGAAGAUCUUUUUGAAAGGGUACUUUCGUGGCUACCGACUUCGUCGUUCUUUCGCCUUACUUCUGUCUGCAAAAGAUGGAAAUCAGCUGCUGGUUCUGUGAGUUUCAAGCUUGCUUGCUCACACGUUCCUUCGAGGGAUCCUUGGUUUUUCAUGGUUGCUCCGAGUCUCAACCAAUCGGUUAUCUUUGACUCGGCUGAAAACAGUUGGAAAAAACUCAAUCAUCCGAAUCUUCUGCUCGAAGAUUCCAACAAAAGUUGCAUGCCGGUUGCAGCGUCUAAUGGCCUAGUUUGCUACCGCACGUCGUUGGGGAACUUCAUUGUGUCCAAUCCCGUGACCGGAUCUUGUUGCGAACUUCCUCCGUUGAAUUUCAACUCAGAAAACCAAUCUCUCAAUGCUGUUGUUAUGAGUGCUGCUUUCAAUGACCAAAUGUCCUACAAGAUUGUGUUGGUCUUUGGGGAAUUACCGAAUCUUUCGUUUAAAGUCUAUAACUCUAGCUCAGCCUGUUGGGAAGAUGAGAAUGCUCUUGGGAGGAAGGUCGAUGAUAGUUCGUCGGAUUGUGAUUCGACUGACGACAAUGUAGUGUACUUCCUGAGCAAGGCCGGAAACGUGGUGGCAAGUAGCAUGCAGAGAAGUCCAACCAAGCAAUAUUCAUCGGUCAUUACUAACAAAGACGGUCAGGAGAUAGUCUAUUUUCUGAGCACCUCCGGAACCGUUGUAGCCUGCAAUUUGACUUGCAAAUCUUUCAUUGAGUACCCUAGGUUGUUACCAGUUUUCUGCGAGUACUCUAUCGACAUUGUAGAAUGUAAUGGUGAGAUGCUAGUUGUUUUGUUAUCAGAAUUCUUGGAAAGCACAAGUCUUCGUGUGUGGAAAUUCGACGAGACUAACCGUUGCUGGCAACAGAUUGCAGCAAUGCCUGCCUCAAUGUCUCACGAAUGGUACGGAAAGAAGCCGGAUAUCAACUGUGUUGGUGCCGGUUCUCGUAUUUUCAUAUGCUUGAACUCUCCUGAGCUAUGCACUUAUGUAACGUGUGAUUUGGUGACCAACAAAUGGGUUGAAUUGCCAAAAUGUUGCAUAAAUGGAGAAGUCAUGGAGUUUAUGUCUGCUUUUUCGUUCGAGCCGAGGAUAGAGGCUUCUGUGUGACUGUGAAACGGCCUAGCCGGAAUCAUUGUUUUAUGUUCUGUUUGGUUUAAUUUUAAUUUGAUUUGUACUUGAGUUUUAUUCAUGCAGCAUAGUUAGAAAUGGAAGCUAACCAAAUGAUUUGAUUGUUGACAGAUUGAUUAUAUUGUAAUUUUGUUAACUGAAUUUGAGAUGUAACACUGUUAUCAUUUAGUAGUAUUAUCAAUGAAUGAUCCUGUUCAUGAUUCUUUGUCUCAUGUUAAUGCUUCUAAAGUAUUUAAUUUUUAUAAGGUACUCCCUCUCCCGUUGUUCCACAAUGAGAGUGACAAUGAGAGUGACCUAUUUGAAAUAAAAUGAUGGUUCCAAAUAAAUGAUCUAUUUCAAUUUCUAAUAUAUUUUCUACAAUUUUACUCUCUAAUUAAUAAAAAUUCACCAUUCUUAAUAAAU